AUGUCUGCCCCGCAUGGAACGCAGGCUACAAUAUCCUCAUUCUUUUCCAAGUCUCAAAGCUCUGGGAAGGCCGGCAGCAAGAACAAAAGAGGAAACUCUCCCAUUGAUCUCACUCUCGACUCGGAGAAUGAGGAACUUGCACCCGUGCGUAAGAGACAGAGAACCACAACCAGCACCUUCUUCUCUCCCCGACGACCAGGUGCGUCCGCAUCCAAAUCUGGGGCUGCGGCCACGAAGAGCGGCGGACAUGCCGAGCAAUGGCGCUUCAAUCCCAGUUCACCGAGCAAAUCGCAAAAAGUGAUUGAAGACGCUACGCAGCGUGACGCACACGAGAGAGCGAAGAGAAUCCUGUUGGGGAGUGCCGAUGUCUUCAACAACACAAACCGUUCGGCCGACGCAGCUCCCAGCUCGGACGUGGAGGAGGAAGCGGAAAUAUUGGCUGCGCCCGCGGAAGAUGACGUAGACGACGCAGAACAGAAGUUCGGCGAGUUGAUGGAGAUGUUCAGCAGCUCGAGCUCGAAAGGGAAGCGAAAGGGGAAGGGUACAGCGAAGAAGACGGGUCCUCCUGUCGCUGGCCCCAGCCGUUCCAAGAGCCAGAAGACAGAAGAAAUUGGCCCAAGCGGACAGCCUUACACCCCAUUCGAGUUACAAGUCCGAGAGUUGAAAGCGAAAUACCCUGGUACUGUCCUCAUGAUACAGUCCGGGUAUAAGAUGCUUUUCUUUGAUGAGGACGCCAAGAUUGCAUCCAAGGAGCUGGGAAUGGUCUGCUUUCCUAAGCGGAAUUUCUUGACCGCCAUGAUACCGUUACAUCGUCGCGAUGUACAUAUGAAGAAACUGCUGUCGCAUGGCUACAAGGUCGGCAUAGUAGAGCAGACGGAAACGGCAGCGUUGAAGAAGGCUGGAGAGACUCGCAACGAACUCUUCGGCCGCGAAGUGACACAUAUGUACACCGCCGCAACGUUCGUAGACGAUCUCAACUCUGUGGAUGAGUUGGACCCGAACUCAGCACCUCCGCUUAUGUGCUUCCUGGAAGAGCCAAAAGGCGGUAUGGGAACAGAUGAGCGAGUCACUAUAGCCAUGAUUGCCAUAUCUCCGAGCACUGGGGAUGUCGUAUGGGACGAGUUCGAAGAUAACCAUAUGCGUACCGAACUGGAGACCAGGAUGGUUCAUACAAAACCUUACGAACUCCUGCUGCCGUCAAAGAAACUCAGUCCUGCAACAGAGAAGAUGAUCAAACACUUCACCGAACACUCGCACACCGAGCAUCGAAUGCGCAUAGAGCGAUUUUCUAAGCAAAUGGCGUACACAGAUGCCUUCGCGAUUCUGUCGAAGUUCUACACCGACAAGACACAUGCUAACGCGUCGGAAGGUUUCAACAACGGAGACUUGAUGGCAGCGAUUACGGAGUUCUCGAAGAUCGUUGUCAUCACCCUCGCUCAGUCGCUGAAUUAUCUGGCCACGUUCAACGUAGCAGAUGCUCUUCGAGAGACCCGAUUCUUCUCCAAGUUUACUGAACGCACACACAUGCUACUGAACGCCAAUACGCUCACAAACCUAGAGAUUUAUGUCAACGACACGGACUACACUACCAAGGGCUCUUUGAUGUGGAUACUGGACCGGACUUCGACGAAGUUUGGUGCCCGGCUUUUGAGAAGUUGGGUAGGGAAACCCCUUGUCGACGCAGCUGCCCUUCGCGAGCGGACGGACGCCGUCGAAGAGAUCCUCUCGAACCGGUCGCCCCGACUCACGCAACUGCGCGAGCUCCUCCGCCGGCUCCCUGACCUCGCGCGCGGACUGUGCCGCAUCCAAUACGGCAAAUGCACCCCGCAGGAGCUCGCCGUUCUUCUCAAAGCCUUUCGCCGAGUCUCCACGACCUUCACUCCCCCGCACCCCGCACAGUCGCAGCAGGCCGCGCCGGCUGCGGGUCUGCACGCGGGGCUGCUGGUGGGAAUUGUGGAGUCGCUGCCGAGACUGAGGGACCCGGUCAAGGAGAUCUGUGAUGCGGUGGACUUCGCGGCGGCGGAGCAGGGGAAGGAGGAGGCUAUGUGGACGGACAUAGAUCGGUUUCCGGAGUUGGACUCGUUGACUGCGUGCAUACAAGUAGCCGAGUCCGAGUUGAUGGACGAGCUCAAGACGAUCCGCAAGGUUCUCAAGAAGCCAGCGCUGAAGUAUACGGAGUGGAACGGCGAAGAGUAUGUCGUCGAAAUCCGUAAGGACGAGCGCAGGGACAUCCCCGUGAAUUGGACGCUGCUCUCUAGCACGAAGUUUGCGCGUAGAUAUCACACGCCCGAAGUGCGCGCGAAGCUGCAGGAGCGCGCGCAGUACAAAGAGGGCCUCGCCAUAGAAGCCCGCAAGGCAUUCCUCACUUUCCUCGCGGAAAUCACCGACAAGUACUACGCGCUCCUUCGCGACGCUGUGAACAAGCUCGCAGUGGCAGAUUGCUUGUUCAGCCUCGCGCAGGUCGCUGCGCAGGAAGGGUAUGCGCGUCCCGAGUUCGUAGACCGUAAGGAAGGUGAAGGUUCGGAGAAUGAUGUGCUUGAGAUCGUGGAGGGUCGACAUCCUAUGAUCGAGGCGUUGCGGACGGACCCGUUUGUCCCGAACUCUGUGAGGAUGGGCGGGAGUGAGACCAGGCACAGGAUCAUUACUGGUCCGAACAUGGGCGGAAAGAGUUCUGCGGUCCGGAUGACCGCACUGUGUGCCGUCAUGGCGCAGAUUGGGUCGUAUGUCCCAGCGAAGUCGAUGAAACUUAGUUUGCUCGACGGGAUAUUAACUAGGAUGGGAGCAUCGGAUGAACUGGCCCGCGGGCGAUCUACGUUCAUGGUCGAGAUGCAGGAGACAAGCGAUAUCCUGCAAAUGGCGACCUCGAAGACGCUGGUGGUCUUAGACGAGCUCGGCCGAGGGACGUCGACGUUUGACGGGAUGGCGAUAGCGGGCGCAGUGUUACAGCAUCUCGUGCAGGAGGUCAAGUGCAAGACACUAUUCAUCACCCACUAUCCACAGGUCGCGACCGACCUGGAGCGCAUGUUUCCCUCCGACGUCGGAAAUAUGCACAUGGGCUUCACCGAGGAAACGCGCGUGGACGGGACGAGGGAGGUCACCUUCCUCUACCGCCUUGAGCCUGGCCUUGUCACCGAGUCUUUCGGAGUGGAAUGCGCGCGCCUCGCAGGGUUGCCGGAGACAGUUUUGCAGGUCGCAACCACGAAAGCAGCGAACAUGAAGAUUGUGAUCGAAGAGCGGAUCAAGCGGACCAAGUGA